AUGGUCCUCCUCUACACGACAAAAAAACUCUUCAAAUUCUUAUUUCCUCCCGAUUCUGCGUCUUCCCAUGAACUCACCAACAAGGAUCCUCCCUCGGAAGCAUCCUCUACGUCUCCGCGAUCCACCAACACAUCCAGCAAAGUAUGCAGGCACGGCAUCAGUCCCCGCUGCGAAACCUGCGUCGCUGCCCGUCGCGCCCAGCUGAUCUACCGCUGGAAGAUCAUACUCGGCCUCUUCCUCCCCUUUACAGUAUCCGCCCUCGAUGUGACCAUCAUAGCGAGUGCUCUACCCUGGAUCGCCGCCGAUUUUGGCGAGCUGACCCAGCUCAACUGGAUCAUAUCCGCCUUCAACCUGACCUCCGCCGCCUUCAUCCCCUUUUGGGGUCAGAUCGCUGACAUUUUCGGCCGGCAUACCACCAUCCAGGCUGCGACGCUCAUCAUGGUCGUCGGCAGCGCGCUGUGCACCGCGGCGCCGACGAACGCCUUCGCCGUGCUACUCCUGGGACGAGCGAUUCAGGGGCUUGGCAGUGCGGGUAUGGAUAUUUCGGUGCGGGCCAUUGUCGCCGACAAGGUCUCGCUCGGCGAGGAUGCGAAGAACUGGUCCAUAUUUACGUUCAUCGGCGGCGUGUCGUACGGAAUUGGGCCAGUGAUCGGAGGAUACCUCACGAGCGCAGACUGGCGAUGGUGUUUCGGCAUUAACCUGCCUGUUGGUGUAGUAGGCAUGGCAGUCGUAUUCACCGUGCUGCGAAAGGAGCUUCUUGGCCCCCAACCUAUCCCGCGACUCGAAGAGACCGUCGAGACAGGCCGUCGAACAACGUUCAAGCAUCGUCUUCGGACCAUCGACGUUGGCGGCCAGGUCCUGUCUCUGCUCGGCUUCUCCCUCCUCAUCUUGUCGUUUACCUGGGCGGGUGCGACCUACGGCUGGAACACACCGGCCGUGCUUGUGCCCCUCAUUUCAAGCGUCUUCAUUAUUGGGGCCUUCGUGUGGUGGGAAUACCAGAUGGCACCGGGCAAUAUGCUGGCGCGGAGGUUCAAUUAUCAGCGUGCGAUGAUUCCCUGGGAGGUCCUCGUCAAUCGUGACAUCGCUCUACUGUUCUACACGUCCUUCGCGACGGGCAUGGCCAUGUACUCGGUCAUGUACUUUUGCAACUUUUAUUUCACAAUGGUGAAGCAGCUCGGCGCCGACGAGGCAGGCGUGCAGCUUCUCUAUUUCAUUCCUGGUCUUGCAGCCGGCGUGUACGCAGCCAUGUUCAUGUGCAACAUCAACCCUGGCCAGACAUGGCAUCCCAUCUUCUUCGGCUCUGUCAUCCAGGCGCUCGGCAUCGGGCUACUAGCAUGGGCCUGUUGGAUCGAGCAUGAUGCCACAGUCUACGGCAUGAUGGCGCUGUCGGGUGUCGGUGUCGGUAUGAGGCUCAUGCCCGUGCCUCUCCAUGGCAUGGGCUACUUCCCACAGCGAAAAGCGGCCGUCAUCUCACUCGCUCAAGUGUCGGGCCCACUGGGUGGUACACUGGGCUUGACUGUCAUGACGACGGUGUUCAACAACGUGGCGGGCAUUGAGAGCAGCGGAAGAGACUUUACGGCGCUGCGCGACAUGGAUGCGAGCCAGUUGGCGGCCAUGGCGCGCGAUGCGAGAAAGGGUAUUGUGAUGGCAUACAUCUCCAUCUCUCCGUUCAUGGUGCUUUGUGUCGUGGCAGCGGCCAUGUUGGGCAAUGUUUUCAUUGCCAGGGCCAAGGAAGGCGAAGACGAGCGUGAGAACAAAAUCUUCCCUGGCGUCUUCUUCUGGGCGUGGAUUCGUGGCGAGGCUCACGUUUCGGAAAAGCCAGAGGUACUUUCGACCACGCGGCUUCCGGGCGGCCACCGAGGGGUGUAUCUUGCCCCAGGUUGA